UUAUGUGCUUUGUUCUCGUGACUUUUCGUUCAUUACAAAUACAAACACGUGUUGAAAACAGACCAUGGCCGACUCCAGCGCUAAGAAAAAGAAGAAAGAAAGUAUAGCAGAUAUACAGCAUUCUGAGAACUUUUUGCUAAAAUCAUCAGAUAAAGUAGAAAAGUUAGACACAUCACAAUGGCCAUUAUUACUCAAGAAUUUUGACAAGUUGAAUAUUAGGACAGCCCAUUACACACCAAUACCAUCUGGUAGUUCUCCACUGAAAAGACCAAUAGAUGAAUAUAUCAAAUGUGGGUAUAUAAAUCUUGAUAAACCAGCCAAUCCAUCAUCUCAUGAAGUUGUGGCAUGGAUAAAGAGAAUAUUACGUGUGGAGAAAACAGGCCACAGUGGCACAUUAGAUCCAAAGGUUACAGGAUGUCUGAUUGUAUGUAUAGAAAGAGCCACACGAUUGGUCAAAUCACAGCAGGGGGCUGGAAAGGAGUAUGUGUGUAUAUUUAGACUACACAGUCCUAUAGAAGAUGAACGUCUUGUGUGUCAGAAAUUAGAGAAACUGACUGGUGCUUUGUUUCAAAGACCCCCAUUGAUAUCAGCUGUAAAAAGACAAUUACGUAUCAGAACAGUGUAUGAAGUGAAGAUGAGAGAAUAUGAUGGGGAAAGAGGAAUGGGUAUAUUCUGGGUUAGCUGUGAGGCAGGCACCUACAUUCGUACAAUGUGUGUACAUCUUGGUCUCUUCCUGGGUUGUGGUGGACAGAUGCAGGAACUUCGUCGAGUCAGAUCUGGUAUUCAGUCAGAAAAGAUUGGAAUGUGUACCAUGCAUGAUGUGAUGGAUGCUCAGUGGUUAUAUGACAACCAUAAAGACGAAACCUACCUCAGGCGGGCAAUUAAACCACUAGAGGCACUACUUACUGGUCAUAAACGUGUUAUCAUGAAAGAUACAGCAGUAAAUGCUGUAUGUUAUGGUGCCAAGAUAAUGUUACCUGGGGUUCUUAGGUAUGAAGAUGGUAUCGAAGUUAACCAGGAAAUAGUAAUCGUCACAACAAAAGGAGAAGCAGUUGCUUUAGCCAUAGCUCAGAUGACAACUGCAGUAAUGGCUACCUGUGAUCAUGGGAUUGUGGCUAGAAUCAAACGAGUUAUAAUGGAGAGAGACACAUACCCAAGGAAAUGGGGACUUGGACCAAAGGCUUCUUUGAAGAAAGAAAUGAUCAAGAAAGGAUUGCUAACAAAACAUGGAAAAGCCAAUGAAAAUACUCCAGCAGAAUGGGUCAAAUCUGAAGGUUUAAAUUCUAACCAUGUGCCAGUGAAGACAGAACCAGCUACACCUGGAAAGGUAUCUAAUGGUUUAAAAAGAAAAUUUGAAGACAGUAGUUCAGAUGACAGUACACCUAGUGCUCCAGCCACACCAGUGACACCUAGUGGUGAUUCUGAAAAGAAAAAGAAGAAGAAGAAAAAGAAAGACAAAAAAGAAGAGAAAGACGAUGAAGAAGAAAGUUCUGAAGAAGUUUCUCCAGACAAGAAAAAGAAGAAGAAAAAGAAACAUAAGAAAAUGAAAGAAGACAGUAGUGAUUGAUGAAUAAAACAGACCAUAAAAACAAAAGUGAAUAAAGACACUUCAAAAGACUUGUCACAUCCUAUGUCAUGUAGAAAAUACAGUUUACUAAAUUACUGUCUUGACAAAUAUUGUCAGAUUUGUUAAGAAUACAUACUUGUGCUAAAGUAUUAAUACCAGUUAUGGCUUAAGGCAGUAGAUAUGAGUAAAAUAUCUUGAAAGCUGGUGUUUACCUAUUAUAUUGAUAUCAUUAUUAGAUAUUUUGUAAUGAAAUUUAUUAAGAACAGACCAAAUGAAAUAUUAAGAGAAUUGGAAAUCAAUAAAUGCAACAUUUACAUGGGUUUUAUAAUGCAUUAGUAUUCUCAAACCAUAUUUUGUUCAUUCACUUUCAUUUCUAGUCCAUUGUUAAAUGAUUUUAAGUUUUUCUACCUUUGUGUAACCACUAUGGUUAAAAAGAGAUGCAUUUCAUGUCAUAAGACAGCAACCCAAAUGACACAAACAACAAAGCAAUAUUAUCAUGCAGGUUCAGAAAUUCUGAAAUUGAAGAAUAGCUUUUAUAAAUGAUCUAAUUCGAACAAUUUUUACUAAUUUUUGAAUAUAUAUAAAGACGCAGUGAAUACCUUGAAGGACAUUUUGUUGUUUGUUUCAUUCCCUUCUUUACUACUUCAUUUAUUAUCUGAUAGAACAUAUUCUUAUGUGUGCUAUUUUUUAUGUCAUUUUAAUUUUGAAAGUAAAAUCGCAUUCAAAAUCUUGAAACUUUAUUGUUUAAAAAAAAUGGAGCUGAACCAAGUUCAUUUUUUGUGAAGAGUUCGAAAGUUUCUGUCUGAUGUUUUUCUGGCUACUGAGAAAAUCUUUUAUAUCAAACCAUAUAUUUUUUGUGAUGGUUAAAUGUAAUUUUAUAGAAUUUUGUUGUCUCUAGGCAGCUACAAUCUUGUUUUUGAUCCUGUUACUUAUGAAAUUUGUCUUGCUGAAUAAAAUGUUCCUCAUCUGAAAUACUUUGCAAGUACAUUCUUCUGGCUUGUAAAGGCAUUUGAUGUAUAAACAGCUACUAAGAAGGCAAUGCUGCCCCAGUUAUUGACAAUGGAGAAAAGGUUAUUGGUUCAGCUUACAAUAUUUCUAGUAAAUAUGAGUAAAGUCUGAUACAAUGCUGAUAACAGAUUAUAAAAAAAGAACUCUUUCUUAAUUGGGAUGUAACUUUCAUUUCAGAUGUUAUGAAAUUCCAUUUCAGUGUCUUAUGUGUUCAUCAUAUGUUAUAUUUUCAUGUUGAACAUUUUAUAAGUUUUAACAGAAAAUAAAAUCUUAUUGACUUUUAAAA